UACAUAUUUUUUUUUUUUAAUUUUGCCGAUUUGAAACAAAGAGGUUAUCAACUGCAGCAAUGACCACCGGCUAACAGCUUUCUCCGGCGGCGGUCACCCCAUCUCUGAUUGGACUGAGAAAUAGCAUAUCACUCUAUAAUGCAACAUCAAAAGCUAUAGAAGAGCAAACAUUAAGAUCUUGAAAUUUCUCAUAUACCGUAUGAAAUGGAUAUCCUCUUUGCUCAGAUCCAAGCAGACCUCCGAUCCAAUGACUCCCUGCGCCAAUCCGGUGCUCUUCUCCAAGCUCUCCAGCAAUCCGCCGCCGGUCGCGAUAUAUCCGUUAUCGCCAAGUCUGCCGUCGAAGAGAUCGUCGCCUCCCCAGCCUCCGCCGUGUCUAAGAAACUCGCCUUCGACCUAAUUCGCUCCACUCGCCUCACAGUCGACUCGUGGGAAACUGUAUGCACUGGCAUCCGCAACGAUCUUGACUUCCCUGACCCAGACGUAACUGCCGCCGCCGUGUCGAUCCUGGCCGCUAUUCCCUCCUAUCGCCUAGGCAAGCUCAUUUCAGACUGCAACAAAGAAAUCUCCAAUUGCUUCGAUUCUCACAGUGAUAACCUGCGAUUUUCUAUUACCGAGACCCUCGGCUGUAUCCUGGCGAGGGACGAUCUCGUCACGCUAUGCGAGAACAACAUGAACUUGUUGGAUAGAGUGUCAAUUUGGUGGACUAGAAUAGCGCAGAACAUGCUUGAUCGAUCAGAUUCAGUAUCAAAGGUUGCUUUCGAGUCUGUCGGUAGGUUGUUCCAGGAAUUCGAGUCGAAAAGGAUGAGCAGAUUGGCAGGUGACAAACUUGUGGAUAGCGAGAAUUCUGUUGCUAUUCGAUCUAACUGGGUUUCAUCAAUGGUUGAUUUCGUCUGGAAGAAACGAAAUGCUUUGAUGGCCAGGUCGUUAAUUCUACCUGUUGAGAAUUUCAGAGCUACUGUGUUUCCUCUUGUGUAUGCAGUGAAAGCAGUAGCCUCAGGGUCCGUAGAGGUCAUUCGAAAACUAUCAAAAUCUUCUAAAUCUGUUGGUAGUGGCACAUUGGAUUCGGCCAACGCUGAGAAGUUUGUUGGAGUAUCCGAUGUCGUUUCGCAUUUGGAACCAUUUUUGGCAUCAUCGUUGGAUCCAGCAUUGAUUUUUGAGGUGGGAAUUAACAUGUUUUACUUGGCAGAUGUUCCUGGAGGGAAACCAGAAUGGGCUUCACAAUCAAUUAUAGCAAUGCUUACGUUAUGGGACAGGCAAGAGUUUUCAUCUGCUCGAGAAAGCAUAGUGAGAGCGGUUGUCACAAAUAUACAUCUCCUUGAUCUUAAUAUGCAGGUUUCAUUGUUUAAAAAGCUGCUUCUAAUGGUGAGAAACUUAAGAGCUGAAUCAGACCGCAUGCAUGCUUUAGCCUGCAUUUGCAGGACUGCCCUGUGUGUUGACCUAUUUGCAAAAGAAAGUGUUCGUAGAGGACAGAAACCUCUUCCUGGAACUGAUAUCGCUUCUCUUUUUGAAGAAGUGAGGAUAAAAGAUGAUCUAAACAGCGUGACUAGUAAAAGUUUAUUCAGAGAAGAGUUAGUUGCUACAUUGGUGGAAAGCUGUUUUCAGUUGUCCUUACCGUUGCCUGAACAGAAGAAUACCGGCAUGGAGAGUAGAGUCAUUGGAGCAUUGGCUUAUGGAACAGGUUAUGGUGCAUUGAACUGGACAGAACCCGCUUUGGAGGUUGUGGAAGUGUGCAGACCAUGUGUUAAAUGGGAUUGUGAGGGUCGAACAUAUGCAAUUGAUUGUUAUCUAAAAUUGUUGGUGAGACUUUGCCACAUUUAUGAUACUAGAGGAGGUGUCAAAAGAGUUAAAGAUGGAGCCUCUCAAGAUCAGAUUCUUAAUGAAACACGGCUACAGAAUUUGCAACGUCAACUUGUGAAGGAUCUGCGAGAGGUGAACACCCCUAGAAUUUCUGCCCGCCUUAUUUGGGCCAUUUCGGAACACAUUGAUUUAGAAGGUUUGGACCCACUUCUUGCUGAUGAUCCUGACGAUCAACUGAAUAUUAUUGUGUCAAAUAUGCACAAAGCUUUGUUCAACAUUGAUGCAUCUCCGACUACAACAAAUAGGCUUCAGGAUGUUCAGGCUGUUCUUCUAUGUGCCCAGCGUAUGGGAUCACGUCAUGCUAGGGCAGGACAGCUGCUAAUUAAGGAGCUGGAGGAAUUCAGAAACAACGGUUUAGCAGAUUCUGUCAACAAGCAUCAAUGUAGAAUGAUACUUCAGAGAAUAAAAUAUACCACAAGUCAUCCAGAUAGCAAAUGGCCUGGUGUUGGGGAAGCCCGAGGUGAUUAUCCUUUUAGCCACCACAAGUUGACUGUUCAGUUUUAUGAAGCAUCUGCGGCUCAAGAUCGAAAAUUGGAAGGAUUAGUUCACAAAGCCAUUUUGGAACUGUGGAAGCCCAAGCCUAGUGAAUUAACUCUUUUGUUAACAAAUGGGAGUGAUUCUCCUCUACUCAGAGUCCCACCCAAUGCUUACACUUUGACUGGUAGUAGUGAUCCUUGUUAUGUUGAAGCAUAUCAUUUGACUGAUUCAAGUGAUGGGAGGAUCACAUUACAUUUGAAGGUUUCAAAUCUAACUGAAAUUGAGUUAAAUCGGGUAGAUAUUCGAGUGGGGCUAUCUGGUGCGUUAUAUUUCAUGGAUGGUUUACCCCAAGCAGUGCGGCAGUUGCGUAACGUGAAUUCACAGGAUCCAGUAUUAUCCAGUGUGACAAUGGGUAUCUCUCAUUUUGAGAGGUGUGCCCUAUGGGUCCAAGUCUUGUACUACCCUUUCUAUGGAAGUGGCGGUCAACUUGAAUUUACUGGGGAUUAUGAAGAUGAAGAUCCGCAGAUUAUUAGGCAGAAACGAAGUCUAAGACCAGAAUUGGGAGAGCCAGUGAUCUUGAGAUGUCAGCCAUACAAUAUACCUUUAACUGACCUCCUCCUACCCCACAAGAUUUCUCCUGUUGAAUAUUUCCGCUUAUGGCCUAGCUUGCCUGCAGUAGCUGAGUACACGGGCACAUAUACAUACCAAGGAAGUGGGUUUCAAGCCACUGCAGCACAACAAUAUGGGUCUUCUCCCUUUUUAAGUGGACUCAAGUCCUUGUCAAACAAGCCCUUCCAUAAAGUUUGCUCACAUAUAAUCCGCACUGUUGCUGGCUUUCAGCUUAGCUUUGCUGCAAAGACAUGGUUUGGAGGUUUUGUUGGUUUGAUGAUAUCGGGUGCAAGCGAAGUGAGCAGAGAUGUGGAUUUAGGAGACGAGACAAGUGCAAUGAUAUGCAAAUUUGUUGUACGGGCUUCUGACGCAUCAAUCGUCAGAGAAAUAGAGUCAGACCCUCAGGCCUGGAUUGAUGAUCUUACAGAUGGAGGUGUUCAAUAUAUGCCUGAAGACGAAGUGAAGUCUGCUGCUGCUGAAAGGUUGCGUAUUUCAUUGGAACGAAUUGCUCUUCUUAAAGCUGCAGAACCGCCCCCAAAAUCUCCCAAGUCUGAACUUGAAGAAGAAGAAGAAGACGAUGAAAAGAAGAAGGAGAAGGAGAAGAAGACAAAGGGGCCUACAACUUUGUUUGAGUUAACACCGGAGGAAGUGGAGCAUCGCGCACUUCAAACGGCUGUCUUACAGGAAUGGCAUAUUCUAUGUAAAGAUAGAAAUGUCAAAUCCAGUUAAUAGCAAUUAUCAUGUAUUUUUCAUUCUUGCCCAAUUGAUUUAGGGUUCUUGGUCCUGUUUGUUGUAAUUUUUUUCAGAAUGAGAACUCAAGUUUUCCUCUUUCACAACACUUGUUUUUCUUUUUUCUAUGUUGAUAUUGGGCUUGUUAUUAAAUCCCAAUGAAAUUUUAGAUAUAAAUUCAUAUAUAUUUGAUAUUAAAAAAAAGUGUGGUUUAUUGAAUUAAACUAUAA